GUUUCUUAAGCGCAAAGUUUGAAGUGGACUCAAGGUCGGAGUGGCCAGUGUUACUGGCUCAUAUUACUGGCAUUGUUUCACCACUUAACUGUUUUAUAUAUGCUCACUUAUCGUCGUAUUAAUCUAUAGCAUAUCAUCUUAAUUAUGAAUCGGCUAUUAUCCAUUUACAAGCUCACUUUCUGUUCAGUCAAUAUUUCUCGGUCAUUUGGUUAUAAAACGAGUAUUUUUUUGGACAAUGGAAUAAUGAAUUCAGUAGUACGCUGGAAAUCUAAAGGAAGACAUACUGUAAAUGUUAAAAAUAUCAGCCGGAAUGAUGUCGUACCAGAAGCAUUGUCGCUUCUAAAAGUGGAGAAAAUGGAUAAAGAGUUUCAAAAUAUUCUCUUGCAUUUUCAGAGUUCCCUUGUUCAGCGUCUGAGUUUAAGAAUGACUUUACAGACAUUCUCUGAUAUUACUCUUUCUGAAGGAAAUGUUAAACUUGGCCAGGUGGCAAACCUACUCCAACAGAACGCUUCACAUCAAAAUAUUACUUCAGGUGCGCCUCAGAACAGAGCUAAUUUAGGUGAUCAGUUUCUUCUAGUUGAUCUUUCCGGUAGACCUGAUCUCUUUGUUUCUGCUCGAAAGGCGGUGAUUUCAUUUCUGGAUCCAUCUAAAGAUGGUUCUGGUGAGAGUUUAAUUGAACCAACAGACCACUAUGCAUUUACUAUCCGCCUGAAUACAAUUAUAACUCAGGAAUGUCGAAAUAAAGCAAUUGCCCAAGGAAAAGAAUUAUUACAUCAAGCUAUACAUGAAAUGGAUAAAGUUUAUCAAACACACAAUAAACUGUUAAAUUCUAAACAGGCUAAAGAACAGUUAAGUGAAGACAAUCUAUUCAUAGCUCGUCAAUAUUUGCGUACAUUGGUGAAAGAGCAGCAUAAUUUGGUUGAAACACUAUGGAAUAAGAAAAAAACUGAGUUAGAAGGUUGAAGUUAAUUGAUUCAAUAGUUCAUUUUUAUAUAAUCAAUAUCUGUAAAAAAUUAUUUUCUAGUGAGACAGAAGAAUGGUCUUUUUGAAUGUGUAUAUAUUCUGUGUAGUGUAACUAUGUAUAAUAUCACUUUGUGUGUGUGUGCGUGGGUGUGUGUGAAGUAUUCGUAC